AUGGAGAGACAACACACAGAUGAUAGAGAAGAUCUAAUCUAUCAUGAGCUGUCCCACACCGACAAAAUGAAUAGAUACAAGCAAUUUUAUGAAUCCAAUAUGAAAUCAGUGUUGAUCAAGCACCAUGAGUUAGUGAAAGCGUUUAUUGUAAAUGCACAUUUCAUUGAUGGAACUGAAUUGGAACAACUCGAAUCAGCCAAUAGAAAAAGAAGCAAAACGCGUGAGAAACAUUCCAUCGAAGACAAACUUCAAAAAAAGAAAGAACAAGAAAUUCACGAUUUUAUAGAUAAUUUGUAUUUUGAAACUAAAAAGAAUACGAAAAAAGAUGAAACUGAAGACUGGCAAGUAGUAGAUCCAAAAAUGUUUUCCACCAACCAGCAUGAUGAAAAUGACUGGCUUGUCGAGAAUUUAAUUUUUAUUGACACACCUGGAUUCAAUGGAUCUAUGAAUUGUGAUAUUGAAAAGUUUCGUGCCAACAUUGAAGUGUUGGAAUUUUUUUACAAACAAUCAUCGCUUGUUUUAUUUUUAUUAAGUCCUAACCAUCUAUUGAGUAUUGGUAAUUCUCUCUACAUGUUACAACUUACUAUUAUUGACCACGAUACUCGAGAAAAAUUGUACAAAAUUGUAUAUAAUCAACUUCAAUUGAAUAGCUCGACACCACAAGAAGAACAAUCGAAUAUGCAACCAUCGUCGAGUGGAGGUGGCAUAGUUUCCACUGUUGGAAAAACUAUUUUGGACACUCUUUUAAUGGGAUGCUACUCUGCUUUGGAAUCCAAUUUCAAAAGUGUUCUCUCGAAUGUGUAUGGAGGAAGUAGCUCAAAGUCUAAAGACACUCAAGAUUUCUAUUUUGGUAGUUCCAUUUAUGAAAAAUUAUAUUUCGUUAUUAACAAAAUAGUUAAAAAUCCCAAUUACAGCUAUUUUGAAUUAGGCUGUUCUAUUGGAAGAAAUUUUCGAUUUCUACCUUUGCCAACUGCCUCUCGAAUACUGAGUAUUGCAUGUCCAAAUGAAAUUAGAAAACAAAUGGCUUUUGCUUCAUAUAUAAGAAGAAGAGAUGUGAAUUUGAGUGGGACAAGUCUUGGAGAGUUGUCACAACUCGAGAAAAUAAUCAAAGCUUUAAAGGACGACAAGCAGGUACAAUUGAAUUACAUCAACCACAUUCAGUACAUUUUUGAGAAAAUAGAACAAAAGCAUCAAUCAUUGGGCUAUUACAGCCAGUACAUGCUCAGUACUGCCUUUGAGCGAGCCAAAAACAUUUGUAAUUUAUGGUAUCAAGUUCCACAAAACGGAGUUUAA